CAAUUUUAAAACUAAAAAGGUUCCAAAUUUUUUUUAUCGAUGAGUCAUAUUUCAUUUGAACAUUCCAAAAGUAAAGAAAAGAGUUGAAAACUUUCCUCAGCCUAUUACAAUUGCCUUUAGCUGUUAAUGAGUUUUAGAGAUUCGAUUAGUUUUAACCAACAGUUCCUGAAUAAUUGGAUUUUACUCUCUUGUUGAGUUUAAUUAUUCCAAUAUUUCUUCAUGGUGCUGUUUUGCUAUUGCUGGUGAUAAACAGUUGAUCUACCGACGAUUUGCAUUCGACGGUGGUUUCUUCACCAGAAAUCGAUAUCUCCGAUGGCGAAGGAUGACGAUGGGAAUCUUUUUUGGCUCAUCUUACACGUGUAUUAUUACGUGUCUUUGGAUGAUCUUUCUUGAUGCAAUCUUCUUCUGUAAACGGUGUAUUAUUGGGCUCUUCUUGAGCUUGCUUUUGUUCGCAAUCUGUUUAUGUGUGUUGGGCUGUAAUUGGCCUUGUAGCAAACGGUUUAUUGAAUAAAGUCCACUAUUGAGAAAAAAAAAAAAAAAAACUGAAAAGGGUUGUUUUUAGGCAUUUUUUGUCGGAGAAAAAUCUGGGAAGAAGCUUCGUCCUUUGCGUGACAGGGAAUCUCUCCGUUGGGGUUUUGUGGCUGCCUACGAUUUCUGCAAGCAAAACCACAGAACUCAAUCUAAUUAAUUAGCCGAGUCGACUCAAUCCGAGUUUCUACAGCCGCACGAGGGAAUCAUGAAUCGGCUGAGAGGCCGAGGUACACCGAUUCUGGGUUCCGCACUCGUGCCUCAGCUGAAGAAAAAAGCCCUAAAUUCAUUGGUCGCCGUCCAGGAUUCAUAUCUAUCCACCAAGGACUUGUUCGAGAGGCACAGGGUCGUGUUUACAGUUGGAACUUCUAUAGCAUCUGUUGCUACGGCUUGGAUUGGUAUGUUACAAUUCCAUAUUUUUUGCUUACUUUAUCUUCAAUUAGAGAAUCUUUACCUCUUACCACGUAUUUUGAUGUUUAAGUUUCUGAAUUGGAUUGCUUUGAAAGGCGAGCAAUGGCUAUUAGUGAAGUGAUUCAGAUUUUGGGUGUUGAUUGGCUUCAAUUCAUGAGUGUUUCAUUGGGAUAGCUUUAGCUCUCAGGCUUGAUCUCUAGGGGUGAAAUCCAUUCUGUGAUAAAUUUGAGGCCUUUUUCCGGAUCAGACUAUAGAUUACGGUUUAGUUGAUUUGAUCUGCCAUAAGUUUCCAAGUGUUUGGAGAUCAUCUUGGUCAGAAUUCUGUGAUGAUGUUCAAUAACUAAUCUGUCCAAAACUUCCAAUAACUGAAGUUUAGUACUUUGAGAUCUCUACAUGAUAUUCUAGGUCUUUUGUUAUUCUGCUGGGACAUAAAACAAGUUAGAAACUGAAUUUCUUGUGUGAUACUAGUGACCGUUGGAAGAGGUAUCUCAUUGGUCUUUUGUUUAUGUUUGUACUGAGUCAAAUGAGUUUUAUGACCGUGUUCUACCGAAUGGAUGAAUGAUUGUGCAGGUUACUCAUUACGACAUUACAAUGAAACUAGAAUUAAUCAGAGGCUGGAGUCCAUUGAGAAUGCGAUGAAAAACACCCAAGAGUUAGAACGAGGAGAACUGAAGAAGCUCGUUGAUCCAGUCGGUUCCAGGUUCACUACAACAAUUGCCACAGCGGGAACCACUUUGAUCCUCGGGUAUGGGUUGGGUUGGCGAGGCGGGAUAUGGUAUGCAAAUAGGAAGUUUAGAAGGGAGCAAAUGAGAUUGGCCGGGCAGUUAAAACCGAGAGAAUGGAAGUUACUAGGGAGGAUAAAACCUCGAGCUUGGCCAACAACAAAGUUUCUCAGACGACCAUUCCCAAGACAGAACAAAACAACAGAAAAUGCUUUGAAGGCACCAGAAUGUGGAGGUUGAAAAAUUGAAGAACAAUCUAAAGAAGUAGCUGAUCGGAACAUAAAAGUGCACAUGGGUUUUGUCUUGAAGCCAAAGGCUCUUCUGUCUUUUUAUUCCUUUAUGAGGAAAUUGAGAUAACCUAAUUCGAAAAUCAAAUAGAUUUGUGUUAUAAAUUGACUCUAGUAGUGUGGACUAUGAAAUGUGAUUCAGCUAAUCUUUAUAUCGAGAUCAAAAUUUAAGGA